AUGCAUAUGCGCCGCAGCGAAGAAGCGCUUACGCUUUCCGAUGACCACUUUGUGACGCAGGCGCUGCUAUCAAAUGCAAAAGUGUCUGGGUCUGGAAGAAUGCCAGACUUGUCAUGCAGGUUUUCCAUGACCCAUAAGGUCUGGCAUGUAGGACAUAGCAUGACAGAUUCUGUGCGGUGGUCUCUAUCAUGCCUAUCCUGCAUGAGAAACUGCCUCGCGAUUAGGUCAAAAGUGGACAGCUUUUGGUAAUCAUGAUGCAACACAGACUUUUACUUGAUUCAGAUUUAGCAUCACAAGUUGCAUUCUUCCAGACAUAUUUGCAAUUCAUAGCUGCGACGGUUGGAACUGACCCAGCAGUACUACUCGAAUUUCUAUACUGCUCAAAGCGGUGCGGGUACGCAGCUGGAGCUGCGAGUAGAGCAAGCAGAUUGUUUAAAAGGCUCGCAGCAGCUGGAGCCAACCCCAACGAGUCUACUUCAGGGUCGUUUUGUCGAAACAACAGAGUUGUCCUCGUUAUGGACCCGAUAUCACAUCACGCAAAAACUGUCUCAGCCUCAAACUGUCUUCGCGGACGCAGCAAAGCACAAGUUCGCGCAGCAUGACACGUAAAUAAACCUGUGAUGCGACGUCUUCAGAGGACACUAGAGGAAACAUGUUUUACGCAUAUAGUGUUGAAAGAUGUCUUUCAUGUCGAUGUCGAGCAUAAGAAAAAACCGUCUCAAGUGGAGCCCCCGCAUUACAACUUGAGACCCUGCGACAGUUUUUUCUUGCGAUUCCCGAAACUGGCUUGCUUGCGAGCAGUAUCUCGUCGACUGUGCUUCCGGGAAGUUGGCAGGGUGAGCCUUCAUUUAUGGAAACCCUUGCUACAAGUUUAGAUCCUGUAACAAGAGCAGGAGCAGGGGAAAAGUAGGACCACCAGUUGUAGCGGCUGCGUACAAAAAUCAUGCUGCGCCAGCACCUCGACCCGCGAAUUCUCCGACACCCGGUAAGGGUGCGGCCAUGCCCAUCGGAGAGUAAAACUGCUGCGGUGCUGCAAACAUAUUGCUCACUUCGACUCUACAAACUUCAAGGCUUCAACAUGUCAAGAAAACCUCGCUUUUGGGACGAAAAGGUCGUCUCGUGGUGUGAAGUGUACCUGUACAAUCAUGCGGUACUAGAGAAUAAAAAUGAACAACGGUCGUCGUGCUGCUACUGACACAAGUCUGUUG